AUGGCCGUAAAUAUCGCCCUAGAAACCACGAUGGGCACCAUAACCCUCGAGCUCUACACCUCUCACGCCCCCAAAACCUGCACCAACUUUGAGACACUCAUUCGCCGCGGCUACUACGAUAGCAUCAUCUUCCACCGGAUAAUCCCCAACUUCAUGUUGCAAACUGGUGAUCCCACUGGUACCGGACGCGGCGGAACAUCCAUCUACGGAGAAAAGUUCGAAGACGAACUGUCCCCCCCUCAGGGUCAAAUCUCCCAGUGUUAA